AUGCAGGAGAAUGGCUCUUCCCACCCGGCGGCAGAGCCGGUAUCUGCAGUAGACAAGAUCACGACGGAAGAGAUUUUCGAGGAGCAUGCUCGCGUUGUGCAUCGACGGCGCCAUACCAUAUCUACGUUCGAUGAAGUUGUUCGAGAGGAACGUGUCCGCACUACCCCUGGUGGUAGACGGAAGAAAAUGAUGGGUCCUGGCUUGGCCGCCUUCCUCUCGCUCACUUCAGCCCAGGCACAGGUCCGCAAAUGGCUUUACGCCUUCUACGUCUAUGUUUUGUGCCUGAUUAUCAUCCUUGGACCUAUCCGAAAGUACGUGGCAGAGCACGCACUGCAAGGCCAGGAUCCGUUUGGCUGGGCCAUAGGCUACUUGUUUGGAAAUUUCUCGAGAGUUCGCUUUUGGGUGCUUAUGUUGAACCUCGAGUACUGGAUUGAACUGCCACCUCGCCCCGAUGCGGAUAUUUUGAGUGCCUCCUGCUUCCUCGGAUCAGUCGAACAUAUUCGACAGACUACUUUUGGUGCCGCCAUCACUCGUCUACUACUCAGUGGCUACUGCGUGUUGGUACUGCUGACAGGCCUGGCUAUUGUGAUCAAACUCAGCUCUGUUGCCGAGGUCGAUACGCGCCGCAAGAUCUUCCACGGCAUGAUGGUGGUUAUGUUCCUUCCCGCUAUAUUUGUGGAUCCAGCCUUCUGCGCCAUGGCGCUCGCCUUGGUCCUCUCCAUCUUCCUUCUAUUGGACCUGUUCCGCGCGUCUCAACUACCUCCAAUUUCGCGGCCACUCACCUCUUUCCUGACCCCGUACGUUGACGGCCGUGAUCACCGUGGCCCGGUAAUCGUCUCACAUAUAUUCUUGUUAAUUGGAUGCUCGAUACCCCUAUGGCUGUCACUUUCCGAUCUUCCUCGGACCGGCCUGGGCCCCUGGGCUGGUUGGGAGAUCCCGUUACGAGAUGUGAGCAUGGCCAGCGGAGUUAUUUGUGUUGGCAUGGGCGACGCGGCCGCAUCCUCGUUGGCCGGCGGUACGGUCGACUGA